AGUACGGAUCUGACGAGCACAGUUGGCUACGACAGCAUCAUUCAACAUCUGAAUGACGGCAGGAAGAACUGCAAAGAGUUUGAAGACUUUUUGAAGGAAAGGGCAAUCAUAGAAGAAAAAUAUGGCAAAGAACUCAUCAACUUGUCAAAGAAGAAGCCCUGUGGGCAGACAGAGCUGAACACGCUGAAAAGAUCCCUGGAUGUUUUCAAGCAACAGGUAGACAAGGUGGGGCAAGGUCACAUCCAACUGGCGCAAACCCUUCGGGAGGAAGCAAAGAAAAUGGAGGACUUCAGGGAAAAGCAAAAACUGCAUCGGAAAAAGAUAGAGCUGAUAAUGGAGGCGAUCCACAAAAACAGGAAUUUGCAGUACAAGAAGACCAUGGAGGCCAAGCGUCUCUACGAGCAGCGCUGCAGGGACAAGGACGAGGCUGAGCAGGCUGUGCACCGCAACGCAAACCUGGUGACGCAGAAGCAGCAGGAGAAGCUGUUCCUGAAGCUGGCUCAGACGAAAUCGGCCCUGGAGGACUCCGACAGGAGCUACCAGCAGAACGUUACCACGCUAGAGAAGAUCCGGGAAGAAUGGCAGAAAGAGCACAUCAAAGCUUGUGAG